AUAAAAAUAAUGUCCACGCAAAUUGGAGCCCACCAAUUUCCCGGGAUCCAUCCGCCUUCGGCCGGUCUGUGUAAACUCCCAUUAACAUUAUCACUUCAAUCAUCAUUAGAUAAUAUUCAAACUGGCCAUAGAGUGAUGUACGUUUGUGUACACGCGUAUAUAUGUAUAUAAAAUUACCCAUCGCAUCUCUGCUACCAGCCGCCUUUUAUCAGCAGUUUGAUGUAUCAGGCUGAUUGUGCCUGCUUCCGCAAAGGAUUUUGUGAACCUUGAAUGGAGAUUCGGUUUUAAUUUUGCAACUGAACUUAUGGCUCCAUCUGUUUCGACUACUUCCCUAGCUAAGCUGUAGCUAGGCUUGGGUGUUGCUGUGGACAUUCAUUGUUUAGAGAAUUCUGGUCUGCCCUUCCAAAGGAAAUGAAACUAGUUUUGCUAACAUUGUGCUUGCUCGUGGGAUCUACGUUAACAGCUGCCUCUGGGUCGCUGGAGCAUGAAACGGGUUGUGGAAAGUACCAUGUUACUAACUCGGAUGAUCCUAAUAGCCAACUCUUCUAUAUUGACGGAAAAUUGGUAGAUAGGUAUUUAUUUUGUAAGGCUAUGCUCGAGUAUCGUGAGAGACAAUGCUUUGUUCAUGAAAAUGUCAGAGAUAAGUACUGCCAGUCAUUAGAGAAACUGCAUUUGCUGUCUGGUAGAAAAUCCCUCCACACUGUUGUUAGAGAUGGAUAUAGUGAGAUUGAUUCUGAUAAAACAACUUUGGGUAGGAAGGAGAAGUAUGAUAAUCCUCUAUUAAAACCAAAAGUGCUAGCCAUGGCAGUGCCGGCUUUCUUUCUUCUGUGUUGUACUUUGAUCUGUCCGUGUUUUCAAGCAAGGAAAAAGGAUACUGAUCAUACUGUUCUAUCCAAGGAACCAAUUUCAACUGAUUCAGUUUCAUCUUUAGAAAUGAAUCCUAUACUUGAGAAGUUUAUCGGAAGCCCACAGAGAGUGCCGCCAAGUCCCUUGAGAGUUCCCCCAAGUCCUUCAAGAUUUUCAAUGUCACCGAAACUCAAUAGGCUUGGAUCUGUUCAUAUGAAUAUGCACCAAGUUAUGAAGGCGACCCAAAAUUUUUCUUCUUCCUUACAAAUAGGUGAAGGAGGGUAUGGGACUGUGUACAAGGGUGAACUACCAGAUGGCCAGGUUGUUGCUAUCAAACGAGCAAGAAAGGAACAUUUUGAAGCCCUGAGGACUGAGUUCCGAAGUGAAGUCGAACUUCUGGCUAAAAUUGAGCAUCGCAACCUAGUGAAGCUCCUAGGUUAUCUUGAGAAAGGAAAUGAACGUCUGAUCAUCACAGAGUAUGUGCCCAACGGUACCCUUAGGGAAUAUUUAGAUGGGAACAAGGGAAAGAUAUUGGAUUUCAAUCAGCGUCUCGAGAUUGCCAUCGAUGUUGCUCAUGGCCUAACGUAUCUCCAUCUAUAUGCCGAGAAGCAGAUAAUCCACAGGGACGUUAAGUCUUCGAACAUUCUGCUGACAGAGAGCUUGAGAGCCAAAGUCGCAGAUUUUGGAUUUGCUAAGCUGGGUGACGACGCGGACAAAACUCACGUAUCGACCAAAGUAAAGGGGACAGUGGGUUACCUUGAUCCCGAGUAUAUGAAGACGUAUCAACUCACAACAAAGAGCGAUGUGUACUCAUUCGGGAUACUGCUUAUAGAGAUAUUAACUGGGCGUAGGCCUGUGGACCUCAAGAGAGUGCCGGAUGAGAGGGUGACGGUGAAAUGGGUUUUUCGCAAGUACAACGAAGGGAGAUUUUGGGAGAUGGUGGAUCCUCUGAUGCAUGAGAAGAUAGAUAAGGAGAUCUUGGCGAAGAUGUUUGGUUUGGCGAUACAUUGCGUGGCGCCAACGAGAGCAGACCGGCCGGAUAUGAAAGCCGUGGGAGAGCAGUUGUGGGGGAUUAGAAUAGACUACUUCAAGAGUGAGAGGAGAGAGUGAACUAAGUUGUGGUGGAUGCUUUUCAUGUUCCUGCUCAACCACUAUUAUUAUUUCUUAUACCGAUUUUUAUUCA